ACAACUACAAAUCAUCCUACACAAUCAAAACAAAAUUGUCCAAUACUGUGUAGAACACUACUGAAUGACCCAAAGUAAAGGUGUCCAUACACAUAGCAAUUUCGAUCUUUUGUGCGACCAUCAGUUGCAUGAAAGUUCGUUCCCACCCUUCACUGACGUUUCGGGCUGAAUCGCCAGAUAUGGAGGUAGGAACAAUAGAAAUUCUACCUCCUUCUGCCGAUUAAUCCCUGCAUGUAGAUUUUGCUAGGGAGCAGAUUGACAAGUCGACCGAUAUCCGCAGCCUCCUGCCAUAUCGGUCGCCUCGCCUCGCUGACAUACACGCAACGAAUAAGGUUUCGUACAAUAUGAUUGGUGUGUUUAAGCCAGCAACUCAGUUAUUCUUCAAAACAUAUUCAUUACAAACUAAGGCAAGUCUCCCCAGGCCUGAUUUAAUAACCAUGCCAUUGGGUCACUGGUGUCAAAUUAUCUGGCCACACAAAUCAAAAGACCACUAAUCACACCACUGAUAGUCAGCCUGACAGAUUUUCAGGCAUCUUUAGGCCAGGACAGAAAUCUAAGCUAACACAUAUAAAUAAGCCACAUUAUGUCUAGCCUUUGUUGGUCUUUAUUUCCCCUUGACAUCUGCUUAGUUAGUCCAACUGUUGGGCCUACAAAAUCAGAUGAAAACCACUGACUUGACCUAACUCCUCAAUCACGCAGAACUUUAAUAUUUAAAAGGACUUGCUUUACCAAUCUCAUAAUAUUCAAAGCUUUCAGAAUUUAAGAAAUAUGUAUUGAUAUUAUCUUCUACUCAGUGCUACCAAAAUAUAAAGGAAAAAUGGUGAAAAAUACGUGGAUUCCAACACAGAAGGAUAUUAUGAAUGCCUGAGAUGCAGAGCAGUUUGCCGCCAGUCGCAAGUAAGCAGGCAGGCAGGCGGGCGGGCAAGUGAACAAAGUCUGGGCGGCUGACCAACUGGGGGCGACGGCAUUCAUGCAGUUAAGCACCUCCCCCCUUAAGGUUUUCUUGGGGGACGCUAGGGCGCUUGUAGUUACUGCACUGUCCUUAAGUGACUCCCCUCGCCCAGGCAGCUCCCUUUCCUCCUGAGUGGUACAGUUUCAUGGCUUCCCUAGGCGCCUGCGCCGGCCCCUCCUCUACCCUAGAGUACUUCAGGUUUAGCCGGGCUGUCAGGAAGUUACUGCACUCAGAGCUCACAAUUGACAACUGUCCGGAUGUGAGGAUGCGUCUGCGGAGUAACAGCUGGAGGGUGCGCACACAACGAUAUGCGGGAUUCUAUAUUCCCAAGAGAGAAACGUUCUCUUUGAGCGAAUGGACUGUCACCUUUACUGUGUGUGCGUGUCUGUGCGGGACGGAAAUGCCGGGACCCUCCAGAGACAGAAGUGCCCGGCACUGCUACAGGCUCCCAAUAUAUAAAGUGAGAGUAAGACCGCCCUUUUUCCUGUUAAAGACAUGCAGUGUUGCUGCUCUGAGACCCUUUUUGGGGCACUGGGAAGGUGGAAGAUUAGACUUUCUAUUAAAGAAGUAUCUCGAUUAUACCAGAAACGUGUCUAUCACUCCCUGAUUAGUAGGAAUGGGUCCCAUUUGACCCUGCUUUCCCAGGGCCAGCAAUUCUGCUGUCUUCAAGGCUGGAGGGCUUCAAGCAGUGUUGCUGUAGAUCCAAUUCAGCAGCACCGACUGCGCCUGUCUGACUGGUUUAGCCGCUUGCCCAGUGAGGAGCAACACUUUGGUCCAUCUUUCUCCCUUGAUUCCAUCCACGUGGACCCUGUUAUUAGGGAAAGUUGCUUGGAAGAAACUCUGCGUCCUCUCACUGAGUUUACCUUGCAGAGCCAGUUUCAGAGCCCACCAUGUUCACAAAACGUGUCAGUGACUCAACUGUUUCAGCCCAUAUCUUCUGGACAACGAGUUCGCAAUGUGGUAUUGUAUGGUACUGUGGGCACUGGAAAGAGCACAUUCAUACGAAAGCUGGUGUUAGAUUGGUGCCAUGGGCGCAGGAAGGAAUUUCAGCUCAUUAUUCCUUUAUCCUGCGAAGAUCUUUCUGAGAUCAAGGCACCUGUGUCCUUUUCACGGCUUAUCUCUAAAAAGUAUGUCCACCUACGUGAUCUGUUGCCAACACUAUCCCAACAGCCUGGGGUUCUGUUUAUUUUAAACAGCCUGGAGUGGAUGGAUUUGGACUUCAGAAUGGCUUCUACAGAGCUUUGCAGUGAUCCCAAUGAACCCUUAUCACCCUCAGCCAUACUGGUGAAUUUGUUGAGGGGGUACCUCCUUCCAGAGGCCAGUGUAUUGGUUACCACUCGUCCAUCUGCUCUAAGGCGGAUCCCUGGGAAAUAUGUGGGCCGUUAUGCAGAGAUCUGUGGCUUUUCGGAUAUGGAGCUUCAGAAGAUGUAUUUCCAUUUGCGCUUGGGCCACAAAGAUGCUGAUGUACGGGAGACUGAGAACUUGUUAGAGAUGUUGAAUCGGAACCUAGAACAUCACAGUCAGCUAUCUGCUGCCUGCUUCUUGCCAUCGUAUUGCUGGUUAACCUGUGCCACUUUACACCUUCUCUAUUACACUAAACCUGGUAACCCUACUAGGACUCUGACUGGCAUUUACACUAGUUUUUUGCGUCUCAACUUUGCCGGAGAGGUUCUGGAUAUAACUCACCCAUCCAAAAUUUCUCUCAUGCUUUAUGUGGCACGUUUUGUAGGCAAAUUAGCAUACGAGGGCUGCCGUUCUCGACAGACUCGCUUUUCUGAGGCUGACCUCAACCGCUGUUUUAAUGUUGCAUUAAAUUCUGAAGAGGAUAUCAACCUCCUUAGUGUUUUCCGUACAGAUGCAUUCCAUUUCUUCCUUACACCAUGUAUCAAGCCAGGUCAUGAGACGACUUUUGUGUUCACCAUCCCUGCCAUGCAGGAGUAUCUUGCUGCACUUUAUGUCGUGCUUGGAGAGAAUAAGACGACCCUUCAGCGUGUAGGAAGGGAAGUCUCUGAUAUCAUUAACAAAGCUGGAGAAGAUGUGGUUGCAGUGGUCAAUGUGUUGUCAAAAUUCCUUCCCCUACGUAUAUUUGCGCUUUUUAAUCUGUUGCGUGUAGUUCCUAAGCUGUAUGGCAAGGUGAGUGGACAGAGCCGUGAAAACAUUGCCCAAACAAUGACUAGUGAAAUGUUUCGGGAAGAAGAUGCUUUUAAUGAUGAUGUUUUAGACCAAAUCAACUCUAGCAUAUUAGGUGUAGAGGGACCCUCUCAAAAUACAGAUGAAGAUGUGUUUGGGAAGCAGGAAGCAUUUGAAUUGUUUCCCAUAUUUAUGGCUGGACUUCUGUCUCGUCAGAAUCGAGCUAUGUUGGACCAGCUAGGCUGCUCAAUCAUGAAUACAUCAGCACUUGAGAUUACACGGGGACUGAAGAAACACUUGCUGAGGUGUAGUCUUCGCCGAUUACCACCUACUGAGCUGAUGGACUUUCUGUUCUUCUUGUAUGAGUUCCAGAAUGAAGCAUUUACAGCAGGACUUGUUUCCUCGCUGCAGGAUUUAGACCUUUCUGCUGUGAGAAUGACACCUCUUAAGUGCACAGUGGUGUCGUCCGUAAUGGGAGGCUCAGGGAAACCCAUGACAGAGGCCAACUUCAAAUCCUGUGAUCUGGAUCCUGAUGCAAUACGUGCUCUGUCUCCAGUACUACGAAGAUGUCAAAGCUUAAAUUUACAGAUGAACUCACUUGGUCCUGACUCUUGCAAAGAGAUAAAAGAUGUUCUCUUACAUCCUGACUGUGCAGUCACUAGUCUAAGACUCUGCAAUAAUCCAUUAACAUCAGAAGGAGGCCGCUUGAUUGCUGAAGCUCUGGCUGGCAAUAAUUCUCUGAGACAUCUCUCGCUUUUGCACACUAAUUUGGGGGAUGAAGGGGCAGAGAUACUGGCCUCCCAGUUGGGGAAAAACACACACCUGCAAGAGCUGAACCUGGCAUAUAAUGGCAUCCAUGACCAAGCAGCACUGAGACUAGGAGAGGAGGCAGCUCGUAACCCAACGCUGGACAGAGUACAUCUGUACUUUAAUGAACUGUCCGAUAGCGGUCUUCGUUCUCUUCAGUCAUUCGGUGGUGUUCGAAUUCUUGUGUCUCUGACUGAGGGAGCAGAUGCUUCCCGCCACUGGUCUCUAAUCUUACGGGAGCUCCGGGCUAAUGCCGGUGGCUGGGACCAGCAACGGAUCAGUAGCCACCUCACGCUGCUUCUCAGGGAUCUACAAAGUAGUCGUGCACUCACUGGGAACCUGUUGCGCAAGGCACGCCUUCUACGUGUGGAGACAGAGGUCAAACGCAUGCUAAGCCGUAUCCAGCAAGGGCAGCUCUGAGCCAGUGCUUGAAGGUGCAUAUGUGUCAUGCUCCCAGUCCAUGCAAUUUGUACAUGUAUUCGCUUAUUGCCUUACACACACUUGCUCAAGGUACUAUAUUAGUAAUGCAAAUGUUUAAAUGCACCUUUCCACAUUUAUAAGUGAACACGCACCUGCACAUCCACACAUAGGUCAGAAUAUACCCCCAGGAUUGAAGCUUGAAUGGAGGUAGUCUCUUUGAACCUCUUGUAUAAAGAGAAAACAGGAGUGGAAAUGGGUGUGUUUAUAUGGUAAUUAUACAGUGUGACUGCCUCUUGAUUACUGGAGUAAUAAAGGCAUAGUAUUGCACUAUAAACAUGUCAAUCCAUGGCACUUUUCUGCAAUGUAACAGAGGUGACCUUUGUUAUACUCAGUAAUGUAUGUAUGUAUAAUUUAUAUUACACAGCUAUGUGGUUUUUCAUACCCAUUGAAGGGUACUAUCAGUAUGGCAGACUUGCACACAUUAUAAAUCAUGCUAAUGAUUUUGGGCGUAUCACAAAUGACUUGCAAUUUCAAUAAGGAUUGGGGCCAAAAGAAAUUUAGAGUGGGGGGUGUGGACACUCAAAGUUACACCACUGGCUCUUUGCGCAGCAUUACUCGUGCCUUUAUGUUUUACUGUUUCAAGGAAAAUAAAGUAAAAUUAAUUCUUCUAAA